AUGGCGGAAUACAAAGCAGGUUGUUCAAAUCUAAAUGACUUUUUUGAUGUUAAUAGUGACAAUUCUGAGAGCUAUGAUGAUUACGACUCAGAUAAAGAUCCUGAAUUUCAAAUAUUUAGUGAAGCUAGCUCGAUUAACUUUCUACAAAGAAGAAAACUUUUGAAAGAACAUGGACUUCAAGAAAUUUCUUCUCACACAUACCCAGAGUCCAGUACUGAAGAAGAAGAGGAGGAAGAAAAAGAAAAUAGAGGAGAAUUAAAUGAACACAGUAAACAAGAAAAAGAAUAUUCUGUUUCAGACACAAAAUCUAGAAAAAGGAAACGCAAUUUAAGUAAGCAAUUAAAAACAAAAGAGCUCAGAAAUCGCGGAAAAGAAUAUAAACAAUACAGAGGUAAGGGAAAUAUUGUUUUAUCAAAAACACAAGGUCCACCGUGUAGUUGCCCCAAUAAAUGCUAUGAGUUAUUUGCUUCUCAUGAAGAACUACAGACAAUUUUUGUUAAUUUUUGGGGCAUGAACAGUUUUGAUACACAAAAUGCUUACUUACAAGGUUGUAUGAGAUCUAAAAAUGUGACUAGGAAGAAAACUAAAGCACUAGUGUCAAAAAGAUCUCAAACUAUUGAAUAUAAAUUAAAAUCACAAGGGAAAGAUGUUAAGAUAUGCAAAAUGGCUUUCCUAAGUAUCCAUGGCUUACAGAAAAAUCGAGGUCGAGUUGAAAAUCUAGUAAAACAAUUAAAAACUGGAUCAAAUACUCCAAAAUCAGAUCUAAGAGGUCGACAUUCAAAUCAUCCUAAAAAAUAUUCCAAUUCUGAUAUAGAUUUUCUGAAAUCUUUUAUUGAAAGCUUACCUAAGUACAAAAGCCAUUACACCCGUGCUGACAGUUCUAGACAAUAUAUGAGUAUGGAAUAUUCUAUUCAGACUUGUUAUGAGAAAUAUGUAGGAGAAUGCAUUUUGAAAAAGAUAACUCCAGUUUCUGCAGAUAAAUUCAGAAGAAUAUUUACUGAAGAAUAUAAUAUAAGUUUCAAAACUCCGAAAAUGGAUACAUGUCAAGCAUGCGAUAAGUUUUCAGUAGCUUUAGAAAAUGCUAAGUUACACAAUGAUGAAACUGAGGUUAAAAAAAUUAAAACUGAACAAGAAUUACAUCACAGAAAAGCUGAAGCAGGUCAACAGGCAGUCAGAGACGCAGUAGAGGAAGCAAACUUAAACCCAGAUGUGCAUGCAAUUAGUUUUGAUCUACAGCAAACCCUUCCCACACCAAAGCUUACCACUGGUCCCAUGUUCUAUAAGAGAAAAUUAUGGUGCUAUAAUUUAAGCAUACAUUCCCUUGGAGAUGGUCAGGGUCACUUUUUUAUGUGGGAUGAAUCCACUGCUAAAAGAGGGUCGGACGAAAUAGCUAGCUGUCUCAAAAUGUACUUUGAGAAAAAUAAUAUUCAUGGCAGAAAACUAAUAGCUAUUUCAGACAAUUGCUGCGGACAAAAUAAAAACUGGACCAUCAUUGGUCUUUGGCUAUAUCUUUUACAAAAUGACUAUUUUAAAGAAAUAGUUCAUAUAUUUCCUCAGGUAGGACAUACAAUGUUGCCAAGCGACAGAGACUUUUCUGUUGUAGAAAAUUAUGUCAAGAAAAACUGUGAAAUGGUAUAUUCGCCCAAUCACUGGGAAGAUAUUUUGAAGAAGUGUCAGAAAAAGAAACCUUUUCUAGUAACUAGGGUCCAGCAAGAGGAUAUAUACGAUUGUUCAGUACUGAAAAGCUAUUUUAAUCAACCGGUAGGUAUUUUACAAAGUAGUGUGAAAUUAUGUCUAUCUUCAGAAGUUCCCAGAAAUAUACAAUAUUCAGCAUCAUACAACGGAUUAUUUAAUUCCAUGUCCUUGAAUAAAAGAGGAAGACCAACAGCUACAGAAGAAAAAUUUCCUACACUUACUCAAAAAUAUAAUCAUCCCCUUAGUAUUCAUUCAGAAAAACUGAAAGAUAAUGAGGCAUGUUUAUGUUGGAAAAUUAUUAGUGGAUGUACUAUAGUAAGGGUUUCCGAAACAAUAAGCGGACAAAGAGGUAUAACCUAUGGAGUGCCUCAGGGAACAGUGUUAGGACCUGUCUUAUUUAAUCUAUAUAUAAAUGGUUUAUUUUCAUUGCAAAGUACAGGGCAUAUAAUUGGGUUUGCUGAUGACACGGCUAUUGUUUAUGAAGCCGAUAACUGGUAUGACUUAAAAAUAAAAGCAGAAACUGAUCUACAAUUCAUAAAAGACUGGUUUGAUUAUAAAAUACUUACAAUAAAUUUUAAAAAAACUGUUUAUUUACCAAUUUCUAACUAUACCCCUAAUAUUGAUCUAUUCGAACCUCUUCGAAUAACACAUAAUAAACACAAUUCUUGCAUCAAACCAGUAACGAAUGUUAAAUAUUUAGGUGUUAUAAUAGACACACACCUAAAAUGGGAUUGUCACAUUAAAUACGUUAUUAAAAAGUUACAGUUUAUCCUCUAUAAAUUUAAGCACCUAAAAAAACACAUACCGGAUAUAUACCUUCGCACACUAUAUUAUGGAUUAGUAGAAAGUCAUCUCCGUUAUGGUAUACUGGCUUGGGGAAGCGCCCUAAAAACUCACAUUCUCCCACUAGAAAUCAUGCAAAGAAGAUUUCUGAGGAUAAUUAUGGCUAAACCCUACACUUGUUCUACAGAUAGACUAUAUAAGGAGAGCAAAAUAUUUGACUUAAAGCAGUUAUACUUUCUUUGUAUAUCUGAUAAUGAGCUUUCCAAAAUUGGUGAGGAAACCAUAAACGAAUUUGUUAGGAGAAGCCAUAAGAAGCUGGUCUGCAAUAAAAUUCAAGGAAAAUAUAGUUGGCUAGGGAAAAAGCAAUAUAAAACUUUUGAAGACACACAUAUAGCUGUGAUUUUAAAAGGUUUGUAA